AUGUCUGGUCCUCGCAAAACCGACACCGACACCGACGACCACAGGGCCAUGCGCUCCAACAUGGUCCCGCCGCCGUACCAUGACGACCCGGAAGACGACGACGACGCCACUCCCAGCGCGACGCCCGCCCGCAACCCUCCUCCUGCCACGGCCGCCAGCAAACUGCUGUCGCGCCCGACCCUGCGCCCCUCGCCGCCACAUAGCUCCAUCACGCCGACAAUAAACGAGCCCGAUGCAACCGACGACAGCUCCCUCUCUGUCAGUCCUGACGAAGCCGAAAUCGCAAGGCUGCGUGCCGCCGUCACGGCCAGGAUGACCUCGAAUCUGCAGCGGGCAAAGGCAAACCUGGCCGCUCAACAGCAUCAACUCCUGUACAUGCCCUCGCCGGAUGCUCAGCAGUCACCCUCGGUCAGCCGCUCCAGUAGCUCCAACCAGGUGCCCCGUCGCCCUUCACCCAUCAAAGAGGAACAUGCCAUUGUCUCUCCCCUCACCGCCGCCUUUAGCAGUCCGCUGGCAUCUAGCAGUCCGCUGCCCUCGGCCAGAACUGUCUCCACCGAGUCGACUUCCUCUUCGUCUCGUACCAUCCGUGGAAGUGCUACUGCUACUCCAGCCGCCCUGCCUUUGCGCACCCCAUCAUAUCCUUUCCCGUAUGUCCCUGGUACGCCACGCACAUGGUCGUCGUCCUUCCACCAGCCGUUCACCGCCCUGUCGCCAACCGUAUCUGCCGCUCAAUCUGGCGACAGCAGUACUCCCGGCGGCCUUCCUAUGUCCGGUGCUACUACCCCCGCUGCUACCGGUGCCGCAUUCGCUCCUCAAGGCUUCGAGUUUACUCAGAGUCAGGACCCUCGCUUCCCCACGCCUAACGUCUACGACCUCGUGCUACAACUAAGCUCAGAACCUGGUCUGGAGGCUUGGUGGUCUGCCGUUGCUAACAUUAUGAACGACGUCUACAAAGCAGACCGAGCGAGCUUGGCCCUUCCUGCUGACUCAAACGACAUCGAGAAUGUGCCUUGGGGCCAGAAGACGACUUUCAAUGUUGCUGGCCGAGAGGACGACCAAUCUGAUGGUAGCCAGCCUUCAAACCACCCAGCACCUCCUGUACUGUCCUUGCCUCCUCGUUCUGUGCCCGAUCCAUCUCCCUUGGGUCGCAUUCGUCCAACUCUCGAGUCUCGACAUUCAUACGCUGGUCACACGUCGGUCGAUACACCGCAACGCCCAGGCUCCGCAUUGCGUCCGAACAUGCCGUCACGCACCGUCAGCCACGCCCCUGGUAUGACCAAUGUGCCCUUACCAUCUCCAGGCCUCGACUAUCGUAGCCACACCUAUCGAAGCACAUCCGUCAGCGAACCCGAGUUCAGCAGCGUUGGCGGCUACAGCCAGCCAACACAGCUAGCCGUUUACUCGGUACUCAAGGGCUUGGAAUUCGAGGUUGAUGGUCUGAUUGACUCGAGCGGUAUCAACAGGGUACUGGAAAGAGGCAAGCUGAUUACACUGACCCGUGACUACUCGACCAACGGCCAUGACAACCAACCCUCUUCCCACAGCUCACAGGAUGAGAAUUCGGUCAAAGCAAAAUCUCAGCAGCCGGUCCAACCUCCACCACCAACUCAAACGAUCGGUAAAGCUCCUCAACCUUUUGGCAACUUCCGCAACCUCUUCUCGCAGAUGGACAACAACAAGCGCCGUGGGUCCACCUUUGAAGAAUAUGAGCAAUACCCUCCAUCCCCUUGGGCUCAGUCGCCCGCACCUUCGCCCGCUAUGCAAGCCGAUCCGGAAAAUAACCCUUUCUUUGCAGCUGAAGAGAGCGUUGAAGAUUCAUUCAACCCAGCCAAUGCCGCCCACGACUACUCACAUCUGGAGCCCGUCGAGGCUAUCGGCGUUGACCGGGCUCACACCGUUGUGCACAUCCCUCUAAUCCACCCCACGUUGUCACCAAUAAUGCACAGCUAUCGCACAGAAUCACCGAAUCCAGAAGGUCGCCCGGAAAGUCGUGCUCAGUCAAUGUCUCAAGUAUCCACUGGCGAGCGGAGAGCGCCCAUCGCGAUUCUCUCCAUUCUCAGUCCAGCUGUGCCGUAUCCUCAGAACCUCGUCCAAUCUCUAAAACUGCUUGGACCACAUCUGGCCACAUCUUAUUAUAUGGCUCAACAGUACACCAACGCACACAGCCAAGCCAUGGGCAUCCGUCAUCACAAGUCUAUCUCGGGUCACAACGUCGGUUUCGCGCCUCUGAGCAUCGCUCCAGGAAAUCUGGAAGAUCUCAUUCGUGCCGAUCUGGAUGAAGUGGCAGGUUCAAUCUCUGGUAGUAUGACUAGUCCAUCCGAUUACUCUGGGCGUUCCAGACACAGUCCUUCCGGUUCGAUAGUGGGUACUCCUGGAUGGGACCCGGCAGCCUUCGGUCUUAAUUCCAACAGCAAGUCGGUAGCUAGCACACCAGCUGGUCUGCGUGGAUCGGAAAUCACUGACAGCUAUUUUGACGCUAAGAAGAUGCACCGCGCAGUGGGUGUAGCUGGUAAUCAGAACUCCUUGGCAACCCCGGCAAAGGAUAGGGCCAAGAGAGUCUCUGUCUCUGCAGUCGAUGAGGAACAGCCGAUUGAAAAACGCAACAAGGUUGCUCGGCCAGGCAAGGAAGACAAGUCCCCACUCAAACCUGCUGGUCGUGAGCUAAGUCCUACGCGACCUGGCGACAAUUCUAUCGCAAGGAAGUCCAGCUUUCGUAGUAACGCACCUCCACCUACCAUUGUUGCCGAGGGUGGAGAUAAGCGUCAUUCUGUCUUACACUCCUACGGCGCCGACUUUAGCUCGUCUUUCCAGGGUCUGCCUGCUGCAACCACGCCUGUACCAAAGACCCCGGGACCUACGACUCAUGUCAGAGCGAGUUCCGUCUCUGAGGACAUGCCUCCGCCUUCCGAGCGGCUGUUGCGCACGAUCAUUGAUUCACUGCCCGUUCAGAUCUUUACCGCCGCUCCCGGCACUGGCGCAAUAACUUGGGUCAACUCGAAGUUCCUUGUGUAUCGUGGACAUGACUCCAGGCAAGUCCUGAAGGAACCUUGGCAGGCAAUUCAUCCCGAAGACAGGAGCAAGUAUAUGGAAAGCUGGAAUCGCUCGCUCCGGACAGGUCAGCAGUUGCAACAGAAGAUUCGUCUGCAACGCUUCGAUGGUAACUACCGGUGGUUCUACGUUCGGGCUGCGCCUCUGAAGGACAAGAAACAGAAUAUCGUUCACUGGAUAGGUACAAACAUGGAUUUCCACGAACAACACCAGGCCGAACUGAACCUAGCCCGCCAGCAAGAGACUGCUGCUUCUGAAGCAAAGUACCGGGCAUUGGCAAACUCAAGCCCCCAGGUCGUCUUUACGGUCAACAAAUCAAAGGGUAUCACUUUCUGCAACUCGCAAUGGCUUAACUAUUCUGGGCAAAGCGAGUCUCAGGCACUAGGCAUCGGCUUUAUGGAACACGUUCACCCUGAUGACAUCGUCAAGUGUAGAUUGCCUGCAUUCGACAACGACUCGAGUAACGCCACUAACGUUCCCACUACUAUGCCGCCCGAGCCUCGCAGAACGCUGUCUUCAUCUGCGCAAUCGUCUAGCGCCUCUUCAGAUACUGAGCGUGGGCCUACAAGCCCUGUGAAUACGUCGCCUACAACACAACUGCCUCAGGCAAGACUAUCGCAAUUGGCAUCGACUGGUAUCUUGAAGGUGUCGAGAGACGCGGAUGGCAAGCCUUCGUACUCAACCGAGGUGCGGUUGCGGUCAAAGGAUGGUGAAUACAGGUGGCAUCUCGUCAGAGUCCUCCUUGCCGAGCGUGAUCUUCAAGAAGACGAAGAGGAGACAUGGUACGGUACCUGUACCGACAUCAACGACCACAAGGCGCUCGAACGUGACUUGAAGGAGACCAUGGAUGAAAAAUCGCGCUUCUUGAGCAACAUGUCCCACGAGAUCCGUACACCUCUUAACGGCAUCACCGGUAUGGUCAAUUUCUUGAUUGAUAGUAGCUUGACUUCAGAACAGAUGGAGCAUGUCAAUAUCAUUCGAGCUUCAACAGAAGGAUUGCGUGGCCUGAUCAACGACAUUCUUGAUCUCUCAAAGGCUGAGGCCGGCAUGAUCCAGCUUAAUAUGGAUUGGAUGCAUGUACGUUCUCUCAUUGAGGAGGUCAAUGACUUGACUUCGGCUAUGGCGAUUGACAAAGGGCUCGAGCUCAAUUACCUGGUUGAACCCGAUGUACCCUCACAGAUCAAGGGUGAUCGCUUCCGAAUUCGUCAAAUCUUGCUCAACGUCAUUGGCAAUGCGAUCAAGUUCACCCAAGUCGGAGAAGUUUUCAUUCGAUGCAGUGUGCCACAAGAAGAAGAGAGUCUCCCACCUACCGAUGAUUCGAUGUACAUACAGUUCGAGAUUAUGGAUACUGGUCAAGGAUUCACGGAGAAGGAGGCACAAUAUCUUUUCAAGCGCUUCAGCCAGAUUGACGGAAGUAGCACUCGUCAACACGGUGGUACAGGCCUCGGACUUGUGAUCUCGCGCCAGUUGGCACAACUGCACGGAGGUGAUAUGACCGCACGCGGUGUCCCUGGUAAAGGUGCAACUUUCAGCUUCAUCAUUAAGACCACUCUUCCUGCUGGAGAUGAUAAGCCACCUCCACCGCCAUCUACACCAGGUCCAGCUUUGCUUCCUGUGACGCCUUUGACACCCUCGCCGAUGCCGACGGUGAUUCAUGACCCUAGGCUGUCAAAUACGCUCAAUCUGCCGUUACGGGGCUCGUCAAGAGAUAUAUCAGAUGCUACAGAUGCGUCGUCGCCGGAUUUUGAUCAGGCGUCUCCAGUCACAUCGUCAUCCGGCAGUUCAGAUCCUUCGAUCAGAGGUGGGACCGUGGGUAGUGCUCAGUCGGUCAGAUCUUCUGCAUCUUCUUUUGUACCUGAUCCUUCCCUCUUGUUGCAGUCGCCACCAAUCGAGUUGGCGAUUCCCUCAGAUGGCAAGCCUGGUCGCAUCUACACGGCAAGUCCAGCGCCGAGUGACGCCAGUAAUGCUAGUGCUGGUGCUGCUCCACAUGCCACCAUCAGGACGGUAUCCCCUGGAGGUAGUCACCUGCCGCCCAUGUAUUCCAUUCUGGUAGUAUGCCCUCUGAAGCACGCACGCGAAGCAACCGUUCAGCACAUGGAUAUGACAUUGCCUAAGAAUAUCCCUCACAAGAUUACUGCGAGGGAAAAUCUGAUAGAGUGCCAGAAGAUGAUUGGUGGGGAGGAUGCAAUGAUUUUCUCCCAUAUUGUGCUGGUCUUGCAAUCUGUGCCAGAGAUCAUCGCAUUCGUCCAGCAGGUCUUUACUUCACCUCCUCAUUCGUCGACGCAACUGGUGCUCAUCACCGACUUGCAACAACGACGGAAGCUAAUGGAACAAGCAUCGGAAUACGAUUACGAUGCACUAGCAAAGGCCAGGCGGAUGCAAUUCAUCUUCAAGCCACUCAAGCCAAGCAAGUUUGCAUCCAUCUUCGAUCCACGAAAGGAGCGGGAGAUGAGCACCGACCGCAACCAGGACUCGGCACAGCAGGUCGCUGUCAGCCAAAAGCAGGUAUACGAAGAAAUGAUCCGACGAUUGGGCAACAAAAAUAAGCGAGUCCUGUUGGUUGAAGACAACCGUGUCAAUCAGAUGGUUCUUCUUAAAUUCCUCAGCAAAGUCAACGUCAAGGUCGACACAGUUCUGGACGGUGUGCAGUGCACCGACAAAGUCUUCGCCAAUCCUCAUGGAUAUUACUCAAUCAUUUUGUGUGAUCUUCAUAUGCCCAACAAGGACGGCUACCAAACUUGUCGGGAAAUUCGCAAAUGGGAGAAGAAGAACAAACAACCAUACCUGCCAAUCGUUGCGCUGUCCGCCAACGUAAUGGGAGAUGUAUACGCCAAGUGCGUAGACGCAGGAUUCAAUAGCUACGUGACUAAGCCAGUCGACUUCAAAGAGCUUAGUACGGUCAUGUUGACAUAUCUGGACCCUUCGGACCCGAACCAACCCAUUGAAUUCAUGAAGCAGAAGAAAUAA